AUGGCGGAUUCGCGUGCAAGCACUGUUCUUGUCACUGGAGCUGGUGGCAGAACCGAUGAAGCUAUGGUAGAAUCAGUCGGGGGCCUGAGAGGCUUUGAUUUGAGUGUUUAUAUAUAUCCUGAGAGGCUUUGGGAUUUGAGUGGUCAUAGUUUUUAUAAGAAAUUAAAGGAGAGAUCUGACCAGUAAUGUUUGGCAAGAGGCUUGGUCAGAACUCAAGAAAGCAAAGAAAAAAUUGGUGGAGCAGAGGAUGUAUUUGUUGGGGAUAUAAAGGCAACCAGAGCAUCAAUUCCUGCUAUCCAAGGAAUUGGACUCUCAUCAAUUCUUACGAGUGCGGUGCCAAAGAUGAAACCUGGGUUUGAUCCAUCUAAAGGAAGGCCUGAGUUUUUGUUUUGUAAGAUGGAGGCAUAUCCUGACAGGUUGAUUGGAAUUGGUCAGAAAAAUCAAAUAGAUUGCUGCUAAGGGCUGGCAGGGGUGAAGCAAAUUGUGUUGGUUGGAUUCUAUGGGUGGAACAAUACCCUAUAUCCCCUGAAGUUGGGCAAUGGAAAUAUAUUGGUUUGGAAGAGAAAGGCUGAACAGUAUCUCGCGGACUCUGGCAUUCCAUACCAAUGCAGAUUACAUAUGAGGAAGCAAAAUUCAAAGGCAUUUGACUUGGCCUCGAAGCCAGGGGACACAGGCACUCCAACCAAAGAUUUUAAGGCUCUUCUUUUCCCAAGUUACUACCGGUUUUCUGAUUCUGGGUUGUGA